AUGAGAGCUGUGUCUUCUUCUUUGUUUUACAAUUCUCCGAAACCUAAAUUCAACCAUUUAUCUAAUCCGGUGAGGAACCCUGUUAUCAGAUGCAUUUAUACACGAAACCCAUGUUUUAAUUCUUGUUUUACAGUGAAACCAACCUCUAUAACGCCCUUUUCUUGCUCUGCCGUUAUAUCGCAUCACCCGGGUAGUGAUAAUCUAGCCACUGCAGAGGCUGCCACAGGCACCGGAACCGCCACCGAGGCAAGGCUGCAUCUUCUCAUCCAAGAAUUCGAGUCACUGCUCGAACCUGUAGAUCGUGUCAAAAGGUUAUUACAGUAUGGAAAUCUUUUACCUCCUUUCGAACAAUCAUUAAAAUUCACUGAAAAUCGUGUGCCAGGGUGCACUGCACAGGUAUGGCUACAUGUAUCACUCGGUAAUGAUAACAAAGUGAGGUUCUUGGCUGAUAGUGAUUCGGAAAUAACUAAAGGUUUUUGUGCGUGCUUGGUUUGGUUGCUCGAUGGAGCCGAACCGGGGGAGGUGUUGGCACUGAAAACAGAGGAUUUGGAGGCAAUUAAUGUGAUGGGAUUGAAUGGAAAAAGGGUUUCUUCUAUGAAAAGUAGGGCGAAUACUUGGCACAAUGUGUUGGUUAGUUUGCAGAAGAGGACCAAAGCAUUGGUUGCUGAGCGCGAGGGGAGGCCACGUGGUGAGCCAUUCCCGUCUCUGAUUGUGGAUGCUGAUGGGAUUCAAGCCAAAGGAAGCUACGCUGAAGCUCAGGCGAGAUUUUUGUCCCCUAACGAAGUAAAAGUUGAAGAGCUUGCAAAUCUGCUUGAGGAGAAGAAAAUUGGUGUAGUUGCACAUUUCUACAUGGACCCUGAGGUCCAAGGAGUUCUAACUGCUGCACAGAAGCUCUGGCCUCAUAUCCAUAUAUCUGAUUCAUUAGUUAUGGCAGAUUCAGCUGUCAAAAUGGCUAAAGCUGGAUGCAAAUUCAUCACUGUUCUAGGUGUAGAUUUUAUGUCUGAAAAUGUUCGGGGUUAG